CUUUUAAAAGUGUUGGGUUUUAAAUAAAUUGUUAAAUAAUGGUGCUCAGCCAUGGUUAAACCACAGAAGUGGUACUUUAAAGACUUGAAUUAGAAGAAGGAUGGCCUACAAGUUAGACCUGAGCCCCUUAGCCUGGCAGUCUAAUCACUGGACUGUUGAUUUACUUUUCAACUAUCUUAGCCUCCGUGAGGCUCUUCAUUACCUUGACAUUUGCUAUUUUGUGUUUCAGAGCCUUUGCAGGCGAUUUCUUGGGCCUGAUGAACUCAUGCAUCCUUCAAAGCCCUGCUCAAGCCUCAGCUCCCUGGGGAAGCAGGUCCAGGCUUCUAGCCCCAUUCUAUACACCAGGCACUGAGCCCAGCACCAAGGGAGAAAUCAUCACCAUCCUCUUUUCCUUCCAUUCAUUGGUCCAGGGGGUCACUUUCCCUGGGCGAAGUCAGCUGUCAUGUCACGAGGACACUCAAACAGCCCUGUGGGAAGACCCAUGUGGCAAGGAGCUGAGGCGCCCAGCAAACAGCCAGAUGAAGACAAUGAGGCGCAGAGAGGUUUGCUAACUUGCCCAAGGUCACACAGCUGAAAUUAUUUGCGUAGAAAAAUGACCAGAAAACAGUUACAAAUUACAGUGUUGGCAACGAUGAUGCUGAGGAGGAAGAGCAGGGGCCCAUGGAGAAGGACAGGGUCCAUACCACCAGCUAGGGCAUGGCAUGUGACUGGACUCUGCCAAUCAGAGGCACCUGCUCUGGAGUUUGAAUUGGAGGCUUGUCCUAUCCAGGACUCUUUCUGGAGGGAGCCUGGGCCACAUGGAGUUCCUGGCAGCUGUGAAGAAGGAGGACUUCACCAGGCUGGCUCUGUGAGUCCCCUGAGCCUCAUCCCUCGGGCGCAGAAGAAUAUCCUGAAGCCAUCCUGUGGGGUCAUUUUAGGGAUGAAAACUUGGGACACAGGGUUGCAUAAGCCUUCGAGUCCACUAAGAGGCAGCCACAGCCGUUCCCGGCCCCACACUUGGCCCUUCAGCAAGGCCUCCUCACCACAUCCUGAGCCUGUUCAUCCCCUCCUCCCUGAGGCCACCGCCCGGGUUCGCACCUCCUCAUCGCCUGGACCAUCCGUGGCAGAAACCUCCCACCUGGUCUCCUGGCCCCUCCUCAAUGAUCUCAACUCUGCCCACACCAGAGGACCUUUGCACGUGCUGUCCCUCAGCCCUGCAAGAACCAUCUGCUGGAGCCGAGCAGAGGCUGCCUCCUUUGGACGGGACCUGUACCCUCCACUCCCCUACCGCUGCACCACACCAAUCCAUCAUCACACUUAUGAUGUCAUCUUCUCAGAGGGCAGAAAGGACCAGAUCAGGCCCUUCCUGGCAAGCGCCUCCCAGGGGACAAUGUCAGUCCCAGAAAGGGCAACCUGUAAACCCCUCGGGGCCCAGAGGCCACGCCUCACUCGACAGCUCGGGAGAGCCAGGCACAGGAGGAGAAGCAACUUGCCGAGGUCAUGCAGUGACAUGGAGCCACAGCCUGGCUUCCUGACACCCCUUCUGCCUUACCAGGCUGAUGCCCAGGUGGGGAAGCUGAGGCCCAGAGAGGAGGCAGUUCCUGGAAAGCAAGCGGGCCAAGUUCCUCAUAGAGAUCAGAAGAGCAACAAGAUCUCCAGGCCAGGGCAGAGGUCCCCGCGCUGGACGCUGGUGACACUUCCCCUGGGCAGGAGGGGCCGGGAGCAUGCAGAUCUCAGCCCUGAACAGCCUGUCCUCUCGCCUCGAGGUUCUUGCUAAUCCUCAGGACACCCCCGUGAAGUCAGUGAUAUUAGUCACAGAGGCCCAGAGAAGUGAAGUGACUUGCCCAAGGUCACACAGCCAGCAAGAGGCCAAGCCCAGACUGAACCCCAGCCACCUGGCUCUGGAGCCUGCAGCGUAACCACAGCAGGGAACCACCACCGGGGACAGACAUCAACAGCCACUAGGAGAUGUUAACCAACAGGGACCUCCCCUCUGCCCACUGCACCAAGGCCUCUCAGCCCCCACGGCCAAACCAGCAGUCACGAUCCUGGAUUCAGGAGACAGACCUGGGUUCUGGUGAAUUGGACUCCACCCUUUAUCACUGUGCAACUCCAGACAGGGUCUUGCUCCGUCACCCAGGCUGGAGUGCAGUGGCAUGAUCUUGGCUCACUGCAGCCUCAGCCUCUCCAACUCAAGCGGUCCUCCCACCUCAGCCUCCAGAGCAGAUGGGACCACAGGCGCACACCACCACACCCAGCUAAUUUUUUUUAUAAUUUUUUGUACAAACGGAGCCUUGCUGUGUUACCCAGGUUGGUCUCAAACUCCUGGGCUCAAGCAAACCUCCCACCUCCACCUCCCAAGUGCUGGGAUGACAGGGGUGAGCCUCCGCGCCCAGCCCACAUACUGUUUAACAGGUUUGUUGGCUAGAGUUUGCCUCUCUCCCUGCUAAACCAUACGUUCUUGAAGGGCAGAGGAUUUGGUCUGUUUUGUUCACUGCCAAGAGCCCAGAGCCAGGAAGAAUGCCUGUCGUAUAAUAAGUGUUCAGUAAAUGUUUGUUGAAUAAAUGAACAAUAUAUACGCCCCUAUACCAUAAAUGCCAGUGUUAUUCCCAUUUUUCAGCUGUGACGCAAGAGCUCAAGAAGGGAACUGGCUCCCAUUUGCACGGCAGAAGGAGCCAUGGUGGGACUCUGAUGUGGAGCCAGCCUUGAGCUGUACAGCCUUGAGCUGCAGAGCCAGGACUCUGCACAGCACCCGCCUUGGCCCCUUUAAGGUCUCUGCUCCUGGAUCUCCCAGGUAAGGCCUGAUGCUGGGCUGGAUGCCAGAGGGCCCUUCCUGUUGGCAUCUCUGCAAAGCCUCACGUGUUGUCUAAUGGCAACAUAGUACUGGGAGAGCCCUGGAGGCCUGGAGCAGGACCAAGGAACAGUCAAGUGGACAAAGGCCUUUCUGAGGAGGAAGCAGGUGACAGGAGGGAGCCCUGAGUGGCAGGACCAGCCCUGGGAAGGACAGUGUCCUUCACAGCUCAGAGGUCAGAGUUGAAUCAGGCCCACAAACCCUCCCUGAGCCUCUGCUCUGGGCUCCUCAUGCAUGGGCCUAAGAGCCAGGGGUGAUUCAAACUUAGGUAUUAAAGUGGGGGACAGACGCAGGUGGGUCCUUCAAGGGGGGCUAUUUUAACUUUUAUUUGCUUACUUACUUGAGGCAGAGUCUCACUCUGUUGCCCAGGCUGGAGCACAAUGGUGCAAUCUCAGCUCACUGCAACCUCCGCUUCCUGGGUUCAAGCGAUUCUCCUGCCUCAGCCUCCCGAGUAGCUGAGAUUACAGGCACCUGCCACCAUGCCCGGCUAAUUUUUGUAUUUUUAGUAGAGAAGGGGUUUCGCCAUGUUAGCCAGGCUGGUCUCGAACUCCUGACCUCAAGUGAUCCAUCUGCCUUGGCCUCCCAAAGUGCUGGGAUUACAGGCGUGAGCCGCUGCACCCAGCUGCUAUUUUUAUUUCAUUUCAGCCCUAUUCUGAUCCUUCUUGGAGAUAAUGUUUCCCUAUUUCACAGAUGGGGAAAUACAAACUCAAAGAGGUGAAGGAAUUGUCCCAAGGUCACUUGGCUAGAAAGAAGCAUAUCGAGGUAGAUGACAAUGAUAAUAAUAAUGUGACUCCCAAGGCUAGGUCAUAAAAGACAUGUGGCUUCUGCCCUGCCACAUGUCUUUUAUGUCAAAAACUGCCAAGUUUUAGAUACUUGCUCUGAGGGAAGCCAGCUGCCAUGUUGUGAGGACACUCAAGCAGUCCCAUGGAGAGUCCAUCAAAGUGAGGAACUCAGGCGUCCAAACAACAGCUGUGUGAUUGAGUCCGUGUGGAAGCAGGUCCCCCAACUCCAGUCAACCCGUCAGAUAGAUAAUAGCAGCCCUGGCCAACAUGUUGACUGCAACCUCAUUAAAGACUCCAAGCCAAUACCACCCAACUGACUCACUCUCAAAUCCCUAACCCACAGAAACCGUGAGAGACAAUAAAGUUUCAUUAUUUUCA